UCCUGGAUGCUGUCGCAGCUUGAAAUGGCGGAGCUCAAAGAGGAGGACGCCGCUCGGCUUCACCGGGAGGACGUCGAUAACAAACGUGAUGGAGACGAGGAUGAAGGUGCAGCGGCCGUUCAGCCCGCGGAGAAGACGGACGCCGCGGUCGCCGCCGGCAACGCCAGCAACGCUAGCAACGCUAGCAACGCCGGCAACGCUAGCAACGCUGGCAACGCCGGCAACGCCGGCAACGCCAGCAACGCCAGCAACGCCAGCGUUGCUGGCAACGCCAGCAACGCUGGCAACGCUAGCAACGCCGGCAACGCUAGCAACGCCGGCAACGCUAGCAACGCCGGCAACGCUAGCAACGCCGGCAACGCUAGCAACGCCGUCGACACCAAACCUCCGGCUGCUACAGGAACCCUGCACUCAGAGAAACACGUGUCCAUCCAGACGGAGCUGACGGGGCUGGAGACGCUGGUGGACCUGGACGGAGCGGGGCGGAAGUCGUGCCCUCUGUGUCCCGAGGAGAAGUUCAAGGCCUGUUACAGCCACAAGCUGCGGCGCCACCUGCAGAACCUGCACUGGAAGGUCUACGUGGAGUUUGAAGGACACAGGAUGUGCAUCUGCCACCUGCCCUGCAGAAACCUGAAGCCGAGCCUCAACGGAGACCAGGCGUCCGGCAGACACGUGGCCCACUACCACUGCGUGGUCUGCUCCGUCACCAUCGCCCGUAAGACGGACAUGGUGAGCCACCUGAAGCGCCACGUGAACAAGGGAGAGACGGAGGCGAGCUACAGCGCCGGCUCGGACGCGCCGUACGAGGAGCCCGCUCCGUCAGGCCGGACCUGUGAGAUCAUGAAGGAGCUGGGGACCAACGUGCAGCUGCUGCCCAACCACAACACGCCGCAGAAGAGCGACACCUUCUUCAACCGCAAGAUGAAGACCAACAGGCAGCUGGUGUUCUGCUCACUGGCGGUUCUGGCCGAGGAGAGGAGUCCGGUGGAAUGUCUGGACGCCUUCGGAGCCACAGGCAUCAUGGGCCUCCAGUGGGCCAAACACCUGGGCGGAGCCGUCAACGUGACCAUCACCGACAUCAACGACACGUGUGUGAAGAUGAUCAAGGAGAACUGUGAGCUGAACCACAUCCUGGUGGACGGGGGUUCCCGGGGGCCCCGGGGGCCCGACGGAGACACGGCCCCCGUCGCCGCCGUGGAGGUCGCCAAGAUGGACGCCAACGUCAUCAUGCACCUGCGGCCCUUCGACUACAUCCACCUGGAUCCCUUCGGCACGGCCGUCAACUACCUGGACGCCGCCUUCAGGAACGUGCGGAACCUGGGCAUCAUCUCGGUGACGUCCACGGACACGAGCUCGCUGUACGCCAAGUCCCCCAACGUCACGCUGCGCCACUACGGCUGCAGCAUCGUGAGGACGGAGUACUACAAGGAGCUGGCGGCGCGCAUGGUGGUGGCGUCCGUGGCCAGGGCGGCGGCGCGCUGCAACAAGGGCAUCGAGGUCCUGCUGGCCGUGGCCCUGGAGCACUUCGUCCUGGUGGUGGUCCGGGUUCUCCGGGGGCCGUCGCAGGCCGACGAGUCGGCCAAGAAGCUGAGGAAGCUGGUGCACUGUCAGUGGUGCGAGGACCGGGUCUUCCUCCGGCUGGGGAACAUGGCCGACGACACGCUGCCGUGUGGUUGCCAGGGAAGUUUACCGGGAAAGACGACGGUGCAGCUGGGACCUCUGUGGUCCGGUCCGUUGUUCAACACGGGCUUCCUGAGGAGGAUGCUGUCGGCCGCCGUCAAGCACAGCAUGGACGACAUCCAGCCGCUCGUCAAGACGCUGGUCUGCGAGUCCGAGUGCACCACGCUCAAGUCCCUGGUCCGGGGGUCGUCGGCCCUCACCAACCAGGUGGAGUGUGGAGUCGUCAUUAAGACCCUGCAGAGUGGAGAGGAGGCAGCGCCUGCAGAUCAGUCCGGAAAGAGGAAGAGCGGGGAGGAAUGUGGGAACGUGGUGAAGAAGCUGAAGGCCGACGCGUCUCUGGAGCACCCGCCCUUCUACUACAGCAUCCACCGCCACAGCAUCCGGGGGAUGAACAUGCCCAAGCUGAACAAGUUCCUGCAGUACGUGACGGAGGCCGGGUUCAGGGUGAGCCGGACACACUUCGACCCGACGGGCGUCCGGACCGACGCCACGCUGCAGCAGUUCAAGUCCGUCCUGGGGAAGUACAGCGUUCCCACGGCAACCGCCGCCACGCAGACCACGGUAGAGAAGACCACGGAGAAGUGACCCGGCGGAGGAGACGGAGUGACCCGGUGGAGAGGACAGAGAAGUGACUCGGUUCCAGAAAGCACACGGACCGGCCCCCGGAUCGGCCCCGGACCGGCACCGGUUCCUCCAAAGCAGCUAUUUAUUCCUCUGUAAAUCAGUGUUAUUCACGUCGGCUUCUCCAUCUUUGUUUGAACCUUUUUGUCUAAUAAAAAACC